AUGAACCGCCCCUCGCGCAACGACGACAUCACCCUGGAGCAUCCCGACUGGAACCAGAACCCGCCCUUCCUCGCCGCCGACCUGACUACCUGCGAGGACCUGAACGGCAUCGCCAACGCCCGUGAGCAGCGACGCGCCCGGGGCGGCGCCGGCGACGGGUCCGACGGCCGGGGCGACGACAUGAAUUACCAGACCCUGCCGCAUUUACGGCCCGAUCGGAGGCCCCCCGUUUCGGGAGGGCGGAACUAUAGUUUCCGCCCCCGAAACAGAAAGGUGCAUGGCGGUGACGGCCAUACACCUCUCCUCUGGGCCUCUGCGCCCGCCCGCUCCGCCCUCUGGGGCUGGGUGAGCUGGACCAUGUCCGUCCUUGGCUGCUCGGCCAUCAUCUCUGCUCUCAGGAGCCCCGAGGCCGUUGUCUCGUUCCUCGUCGCGUCUCAUCAGACCGCUCACUCCGUCGUCAAACGCUCCGCCCGCCCCGUCCGCCGCUCGACCUGCCCGACCGGCGGCCUCGGCGACGAGGACGCCGCCUACAACACGCCCCUCCACGUCGGCGCCCUCUUCAUCAUCCUCGCCGUGUCGUUCCUCGCGUGCGCCUUCCCCCUCGCCGCCGCCGCCACCCCGGGCGUCCGCGUGCCGCGCGCGUUCUUCUUCGCCGUCCGCCACUUCGGCACCGGCGUCCUCCUCGCCACCGCCUUCGUCCACCUCCUGCCGACCGCCUUCACCCUCCUCGGCAACCCGUGCCUGAGCUCCUUCUGGGUCGAGGACUACCCGGCCAUGCCCGGCGCCAUCGCCCUCGCCGGCAUCUUCCUCGUCACCAUCAUCGAGAUGGUCUUCCACCCCGGCCGCCACAUGGCCUGCGUCCGCGGCAACGGCGCCGACGACGGCGUCCUCUCCCCGCAGAGCGCCGUCUCUCUCAACGACGACAACAGCGACAACGGUCGCGGCCCGCUCGAGAUGACUCGGAGCCGCGGCGCCGCCGGCAGCUUGGGCCGCACACUCUCCCGCGUCGGGCGCGGCGACGACCAGCAGGCCCAGACCCAGUCGCAGACCGGCGACAGGCUCCCCAAGCGCGUCGACGAGGCGGCCCGCGCCGCGCGCCUCGAGGCCGCCGGCCCCGUCGUCCUCUCCCCCGCCCAGCAGCACCAGAAGGACAUCCUGCAGUGCAUGAUGCUCGAGGUCGGCAUCCUCUUCCACUCCGUCUUCAUCGGCAUGACGCUCAGCGUCUCCGUCGGCAACGACUUCGUCGUCCUCCUCAUCGCCAUCGCCUUCCACCAGACCUUCGAGGGCCUCGCCCUCGGCUCCCGCAUCGCCGCCAUCGACUGGCCCAGCGGCAGCCGCCUCCAGCCGUGGGCCAUGGCCCUCGCCUACGGCUGCACCACCCCCGUCGGCCAGGCCAUCGGCCUCGCCACCCACCGCCUCUACAGCCCGGACUCCGAGUUCGGCCUCGUCCUCGUCGGCACCAUGAACGCCCUCUCCUCCGGCCUGCUCGUCUUCGCCGCCCUCGUCGAGCUGCUGGCCGAGGACUUCCUGUCCGACGAGAGCUGGCGCGUCCUCCGCGGCCGCGAGCGCGUCUGGGCCUGCCUGCUCGUCUUCUUUGGCGCCUUUGGCAUGAGUCUCGUCGGCGCGUGGGCGUAG